UCUAGUCGUCUUAAUGUCUUUUCAACAAGUUAGUUCCUUUGAAGGCAUCCUCCUACCGAGCCCCCAAUCUCCAUCCAAAAACAGAUGUAGCCUACCCAGACACCCACGCGGUGCGGAAUGUCCCCAAGUCGUCAUAAUAGGGAAAUGCUGCGCAUGCGCAAAGCCGCCGGUGGCUGGAGCCUGUCAUGGCGACGGAGAGGUGUUUGCUUCUGAGCUGCUGAAAUGUCAGGAACCAAGCGGGAAGAAAUAGCCAAUGGAUCGGACGGGUGGAUGGAGCCGCGUGGGUUUCAGCAGGAGAGGGUGUGCAGCUGAGAAACUCAAUCCAGACGUCAGUCGGUUUAUUGCAACCUGAGGGUCGUUGGGUUUUGAACAUGGAAGGAAACGGCACCGCUCACACGGGAGAGAAGCCGUACACGUGUUCGGAGUGCGGUCGAGGCUUCAGCCAGUCAUCCGACCUGUUAAGGCACAAGCGCUGUCACACUGGGGAGAAACCGUACACGUGUCCCGAGUGUGGGCGAGCCUUCAGCCAGUCAUCCGGCCUGUCAGAACAUCAGUGUAGUCACACCGGGCAGAAACCGUGGAAAUGCGGGGACUGUGGGAAGGGAUUCAUUUCCCCGUCAAAGCUGGAGACUCAUCGGCGCAGUCACACCGGGGAGAGGCCGUUCACCUGCUCCACGUGCGGGAAGGGAUUCACUGCCUCUUCCCAACUCCGGAGGCACCAGCGAGUUCACACCGGGGAGUGGCUGGUUACCUGCUCUGACUGUGGAAAGGGGUUCACUCAGUCAACCCACCUCCUCGAGCACCAGCGGGUCCACACCGGGGAGAAGCCAUUCACCUGCUCCGAGUGUGGCAAGGGCUUCACUCAGUCAUCCCACCUGCUCAAACACCAGAGAGUUCACACCGGGGAGAGGCCAUUCACCUGCUGCGUGUGCGGGAAGGGAUUCACUCAGUCCUCCAACCUGCUGUUACACCAGCGAGUGCACACCGGGGAGAGACCCUUCACCUGCUCUGAAUGUGGGAAGGGUUUCACGGUGUCGUCCGACCUGCUGAGACACCAGCGGGUUCACACCGAUGAGAGACCUUUCAAAUGCUCAGACUGCGGGAAGUGCUUCAAAAGCUCCGGGGACCUGAUGUCUCAUCAACGGGUUCACACCGACGAGAGACCGUUCAUUUGCUCUGACUGUGGGGCUGGCUUCAGGCGAUCCUCGCAACUUACUGUGCACCAGCGCGUCCACACUGGGGAGAGACCGUUCGCCUGCCCCGAGUGUGGGAAGGGAUUCCCUCAGUUAUCCCACUUGCUGAAACAUCAGCGAAUUCACACUGGAGAGAGACCGUUCACCUGCAGCAAGUGUGAGAGAGGAUUCACUCAGUUAUCGCACCUGCUGAGACACCAGCGCGUUCACCAACAUGUGAAAUCCCAUGUCACAUCAGGACCUGAAUGUCUUUGGAUUCAGAACAUGGAAGCAAAGAGCACCGCUCAAUGCAGAGAGAAACCGUACACAUGCUCUGUGUGUGGACGAGUCUUUAGCCAUUCCUCUGGCCUGUCGAGACACAAGCUCAGUCACACUGGGGAGAAACCGUGGAAAUGUGGGGACUGUGGGAAGGCAUUCACGUCACCCUCUGACCUGGAAAGGCAUCGGCGCAGUCACACUGGGGAAAGGCCAUUCACCUGUUCUGAAUGUUGGAAGGGAUUCAACCAGUUAUCCAACCUACUGCAGCACCAGCAGGUUCACACUGACGAGAGACCUUUUGGAUGUCCAGACUGCGGGAAGUGCUUUAAAAGAUCUUGGGACCUCAUGUCCCAUCAACGUGCUCACACCGACGAGAGACCAUUCAGAUGCCCUCACUGUGGGACAGGAUUCAAGAAGUCGUAUAACCUUACCAUACACCAACGGCUUCACACUGGGGAGAGACCGUUCAUCUGCUCAGAGUGUGGGAAGGGAUACACUCAAUUGUGCAACCUGCAGACACACCAACGAAUUCACAGUGGGGUACGAGCAUUCAGCUGCCCCGAGUGUGGGAAGGGGUUUACUCAGUCAGCCCACCUGCUAAGACACCAGCAAGUUCACAAGAAAAUGCGUUUACGGAACCUUUUCCGUCCCACAGCCCGGUUCCAAGCCCGCCCACCAACCAAACGCCCGAGCCGCCAAGCCCUCACCGGCUGCGGAGCGUCCGAAAGGCAACGUCGGUCCCCGUCGUCAUCGGUGGCAGUGCGCAUGCGCCACACGCGCCGCGGACAAAAGGGGAUUGUCAUAACCGCGGGGCAUGAUGGCAUCAGGGGCAGAAGGCCGCAGGCCCGCGUUGCUGUCGCCAUCUUUGUUGGAGGCAACACACGGACGCGCGGCCGCCAUGUUUGUUGGGGGCGUGGAGCAGCGGGGCGCAUGCGCACGCGCACCGCUGCGUUGGGUCUGGGUCGAUCGACAAUUUUGCAGUUGGGAAAUACAAACCAAGCAUCACCUCAGGAACUGACAAUAUAUUGUAACUAUUAUCAGACUUUGAACAUGGAAGUUAAAAAUGCUGCUGACAGAGGGAAGAAGCAGCACAUAUGUUCUGCGUGUGGGCGAACCUUCAGCCGAUUAUAUUAUCUGUCAAAACACCAUUGCAGUCAGACUGGGGAGAAACCGUGGAAAUGUGAGGAAUGUGGGAAGGGAUUCGUUUCCCCAUCGAAGCUGGAAACUCAUCGACGCACUCACUCUGGGGAGAAGCCGUUCAUCUGCUCUGAGUGUGGGAAGGGAUUCGCACAGUCAUCCACCCUGCAGACACACCAGCGAGUCCACACUGGCGAGAAACCUUUCACGUGCCCAGAUUGUGGCAAGUGCUUCAAAGGCUCUGGGGAGCUGAUAUCCCAUCAACGUGUUCACACUGAUCGAAGACCCUUCCAGUGUCCUGAGUGUGGGAAGUGCUAUAAACGUUCGGGGAACCUGAUGUCACAUCAGCGUGUUCACACCAAUGAGAGGCCGUUCCGGUGCCCUCGCUUGAAGGACAGCAGAGCAUGCGCUCUGCCGCAGCUCGCCCCCUAUAAAAAUGGCGUCUACAAAUACGGCCCGCGCAAGGUGCCCCUGACAAAGAUGGCGGCGGCAACCGGAGCCUGUCACCGCCUGAGGCCCGGAGUCGUUUCCCGCAACCGCGGGGCAAGGACAGCGGCGUUCGGCCAGACCGCGGUCGCCGCAGUAACGCGCGUGCGCGGGCCAUCCGGCGUCGGGAAUCACGUGGCUCGACUCGCGUUAGUUCUGGCAAACGGCCAGACGUCGAGCACGGUAGAUCCGCCCCAACCUCACUCUGAUUGGUUGGAGGACCGGUCCCCUACGGUCCUCCAGCCCCGCCCCCUACUGCCUACUGGUCUGACCGGACGGUCGAUCAUUCGCCGCCAGCGGGAGCAUGCGCAGUGCGUCCCUGAGGCGGCCAAUGGUUUGUCAGGCGCACGCGCAAGCCGCCAUUUUCCUCGAGCCGCCGGCGAUCGGACGGAACGUCGGCUCCCAACGGUCGCGGAGAGGAGCUCGGGGUCAGUCAUGGGGCCGGGGAUUGGGAUCGGUCCGAGCUCAACCCCCCGACCACUGUGUUCAUCAAACAGGAACCCGGCCGCGCCGGCUUCAUUCAGGCCUCGGGAAUCUGGACCUCGAUGGAUUUGGAACAUGGAGGACAAAAGUACUGUUGACAAUGAAGAGAAACUGUACAUGUGUUCUGUGUGUGACCAAGGCUUCAGUCGAUCGUCUGACCUGUUUGAACAUAAAUGCAGUUACAGUGGGGAGAAGCAAUGUAGGGAUUGUGAGAUUGGAUUCCGAUCCCAGUCUGAGUUGGAAACACAUCGGCGCAGUCACGUUGGAGAGGGGCUGUUGAUCUGUUCAAAGUGUGGAAAGGGAUUCACUUCCUCUUCCACCUUGCAGACACACCAAUGCACUCACACUGACGAGGGACCAUUUAAGUGUCCAGUCUGCAGCAAGUGCUUCACUAGUUCUUGGGACCUGAUUUUCCACCAAAGUGUUCACACCAAUGAGAGACCAUUUGGGUGUUCUCACUGUGGGGCUGGCUUCAAGUCAUCAGCUGACCUCACCGCACACGAGUUAGUUCACACUGGGGAGAGGCCAUUCAGCUGCUCAGAGUGUGGGAAGGGAUUCACGCGCACCUCCCACUUGCUGAGGCACCAGCGAGUACACACUGGCCAGAAACCAUUCACCUGCUCCCAGUGUGGGAAGGGAUUUGCCCAGUCCUCCCACCUACUGAGACACCAGCGGGUUCAUACUGGGGAGAGACCGUUCACCUGCUCUGACUGUGGGAAGAGAUUCGCUCAGUCGUCCACCCUGCUGGCACACCAAAGACUUCACACCGGGGAGAGACCAUUCAUCUGCUCAUUGUGUGGGAAGGGAUUCGCCCAGUCAUCCAAGCUGUUGAUACACCAGCGGCUUCACACUGAUGAGAAACCAUUUCAAUGCCCAGACUGUGGGAAGUGCUAUAAAAGUUCUGGGGAACUGAUGUCCCACCAGCUUGUUCACACUGACGAGAGACCAUUCAGGUGCUCUCACUGUGGGACUGGGUUUAAACGAUCAUCUGACCUUACGGUACAUCAGCGAGUUCACACUGGGGAGAGGCCAUUCACCUGUGCAGAGUGUGGGAAGGAUUUCACUUCCUCAUCGACGCUGGUGAUACACCAGCGGAUUCACACUGGGGAGAGGCCGUUCAUGUGCUCUGAGUGUGGGAGGGGAUUCACUGAAUUAGCCAGCCUGACGAAACAUCGGAGUAUUCACACUGGCGAGAAGCCAUUCAUCUGCACUGAGUGUGGGAAGGGAUUCAGUCGGUCGUCUACGCUGGUGAUUCACCGGCGGGUUCACACUGGGGAAAGGCCUUACACUUGCUCUGAGUGUGGUAUGACAUUCACUCAAUUAUGCAGUCUGUUGAGACACCAGCGGGUUCACACUGGGGAGAGGCCCUUCACCUGCUCAGAUUGUGGGAAGGGAUUCACUCGAUCAUCUGCCCUGCAGAAACAUCAGAAAAUUCAUAACUAACUUCAGUCAUUGGAUUUUGCUGUUAAUCACAUCCAAGCCUGUGUUGUGUGUCUUGGGUCCAUAUAUUGUCAAUGUUAGUGAACCCCACAGCAUUAAAAGGGGUUAAUAUUGUGGAUAAAGGUCAAAUAAAGUAACUUAGCUUUAAA